GCUGUGUCUCCCGUAAAAGAGGUUGGAAAAUGGGUCAUCACUCUUCAGAUAGUGAAGCUGACACAAGAAGUCGUCGUAAGAAGAAACAUCGGAGGAAGUCCACUUCCAGCAGUUCUUCUGACAGCAGAACGUACGUUCGGAAAAAAUCUAGUAGAAGAACAAGGUCGCACUCACGUAGUCGCCGUUCCCAUUCCCGUUCAAAAGAUAGAAGACAUAGGCGACGUUCAAGCAGUAGCUCAUCAUAUGAGAAACGAAAGAAACGAAGGAGUCGUAGCAGGUCACGGGAUCGAGGCAAGUCCUACAGAUCACGCCAUUCUAGGUCAAGAAGCAGGAAUAGAAGUUCAAGAUCUCAACAUGGACAUCGCUCUCACAGUCGCAGCAGUGAACGCUCAAGCCGGAGACGAAGCUACAGCAGAAGCAGGUCUCGAGAAAGGGAUAGGCGCAAAGGCAGAGACAAGCUGCGCGAUAAGAUCCGGGAAAAAGGAAAAGAAAGGGAAUCACGAAGUGAUAAGAAAGGGGAUUCUGUGAACAUCAAAGUAGGGUUAGAACAUCUGUCCCCUGCGGAACAGGCAAAAGCAAGACUGCAGUUGGUCCUCCAGGCUGCUGCAAAAGCAGAUGAAGUAUUAAAAGCUAAGGAAAAAGAAGAAGAUGCCAAAAAGAAAAAGGAGCAAGAAACUACAAUUGAAGAACAGGUGAAGCGAGUCAAAAGUAUUGAAGCUAUUGAAAGUGAUUUUUUUGUCCAACAAACUUUCAGAUCAAAUAGAGAUGUGAAAAAAACACAAGAACCUACAGAAGCUAAGCAUGAAACUGCUGUGCUUAGCAACCGAGCAACAGACUUGAACAUUGAAAUCAAACAAGAGGUUGAUUAUGUUCCUUCUGCCAUUAAGUACCAAGAUGAUGACUCGGUGGCUCAUCCUAGCUUAUUCAUAGACAAGAAAGAAGCAGAAGAAAAAUGGUUCAAGAGAUUAAUCACUCUGCGACAGGAGAAAUUGAUGGGAAGCCCAGUGUCAGGAUUGUGAACAUUUUAAUGUUACUUCUUAAAUGAUUGACUCAGCAGCCAUUAAGUUUGUUGUACAAGCUUAAGUGAUUAACCUUGCAUAAGUAAUCCAUGGAUUUCUACUUAAAAGUCUUCUGUUUUGUAUUGUCAUCCAACAAUGUUUUCCUUAAAUAAAAAAUCUGUAUAUACAGAACAUUUUCAUCUUUAAA